GGGGGAACUGACGAGGAGCGCGCUCUUUAGGCCGAAGGCAUAUAUGCUCACCUCUCGCCGCAUAUUGAGAUCUCGAUAUUGGAAAAUAACAAUAAUGAAUUCCCAAAGCAUGGAGAUGAAAGAGUAUAACUAUGACUUUCCGAGAGAGAAACAUACCAGCUGUGGCAAAAGGCACUGGCUUCUGGCAUGUGCCCACUGGGAUCAAAUACAGCCAUGAAACACAAGAACUACUAAAAGUGAUGAUGCAAGAAUCCAAGCUUACUAGCUUCCAGCAACGUCAUCUCACAAACUGCAUGAAACGAGGUGACCCCUUGCCUGUUCACUGCAACCCAACAUCCAGCAGAGAACCACAGGUUCCAAAGUGUGUCUCACCACCAAAGGCUUUUAUCUCCAUCGGUCCCUAUGGUAGACCUCAUCUACGUCCUGCACAGAAUUGCCAGGCAGGAGAUGCGUAUAUGCGAGAGAAAUUCAGGCCCCAACCCACCAGAGAUUUGGAGAAGGAGAAGGAAAGGCUCCAAAACAUCUUAGCAACUGGAAAGGAUAAAAAAAUGAAAAAGCCCCAGAAGCAACCAGUCAAAGUGGAAGAAGAGGUACCAGAACUGGACCGGUUCGAUGAAUUGGUGAAUGAAAUCCAAGAUCGACAGAAGUUUCUGGCAGAGAUGGAGGGUCUGGGACAGGGAAAACUGUACCACGGGAUGAUCCUCACUGAAAUAUCACAGAAACUGCAUGAGAUGGAGUUAAUUGACAAGCAGAGAAGCACAGAACUGAAAGAUGCAAUGGCUAAAUCCUUCAAUAUAGGCAACAAACCUGAUCCCCAAAGCACAGAGGGAGACCAGUAGUCCUAUACCAACUUAGCACAGGACUGCGUCAUCCUGACUACUUUCUACUAGCCCAACAGUGUCAAGAAUGGCCCUUUAAUGCUUUAGUGAAGCAGUACACAAUCUUUUUGGACUUCAGUUUGGCAGCUGAACAUGGAUGCUUUCCCUACUCAAAGUCUUCCAUUUGCUGAGUGUGCUCUUUUCCUCUGUUCACCUCCACUGAGGUUGCUGUUUAUUUGCCUCUAAAAUCAGCAAGUAAACAAGAAUCUUGGAAGCUACUGAACAGUAUUCUCCAUGCAGCUCAGCUGGUCAGAAAUCCUGUUUUCUGCAUGAACUCAGAUUAUUUUACAUUAACAGAGUCUUUUUAAGGGUGUGGCUUACAAACAGCCAUUUGACUGCUGGCCGGGAAUAUUCACUGAAAACUGCUUUCCUUCUUUAAGCAGACAAACAAGUAACGGUAGAGCUCAGAAUACUUGUCUAACCUCUGAACAUUGUGAUAUGCAUUUUUUUAAAAAUCCAUUACUUUUUAUUAGAAUGAGAACUGUGGUGUACUAGCAGUUGUUCAAGUGACAUAUUUUUGCAUAGGUGCCUGUAGGAUUCAAUAUCUCUCUAGCCAAAACUGGAGGUUUAUGUUGGUGUUUUAAUCAUAAUCUUUGGUAUAAUCACAUAAGGCAAGUAUGGUAUCUUUUAAAUCAAAAUAGGAAAGUGAAGACUCAGAACAAUUGAUAUAAACACAAGCUUUUUUCUUGAUGUGAGAAGUCAGGACCAGUCAAGAUCUGAUGGAGGAACCAUGUUUGCUCACAUGUCUGCCUCAAUCAUGCAGAAAACUUCAGUUUUUACAACUCUGAGUGUGGAUAGGUAAGAGGAGCAGAUCUCACCUGUACCUUCAUUCACUACAGUCUGUUGUCUUGAAGCACCUUUUUGCUCCAUUGUUACUAUAAGACAAGGGUCUUGGAGAAAAGUGACUGAGCACAAAGAGAUGGAGAAUGACAUUCAGCUCCCCUCAUUUGCCUAUAUUCAAAGUUAGAUGUGAGGGGCAAGGCAGACGUGAGUACAAGUCUAGUAUAGCCUUUAGCUGUCCUCCUUGAAUAAAAAGAAAGAAUAAGAAUGUUGCUAUAUACUUGAGACUUCAUGACUUUCUGCUUGUAGCUUCCUGGAAAUAUAUUUAUGCAGAAUUGACCUUGCUCCCUUUCCGUUCAGACAAGGAGAUUCAAGACACAGAAAUAAAAUGCUAUAACAGAUGCUCAGUACAA